GGAUAGAGAGAGUCAGAGCUGUGCAGAUUAGCAGCAAGCAGUCUAGCAAUCCAGUGCUGUGUGAUACAAGCAGGGGAUGAUUGGAUACAAGACGGAGGUGUGACAAAGCAGUGAAUGAAACGCCAAGCCCAGCUUCCAUAGGCUCCCCAGGCAGGCAGGCAGGCUGUGCAAGUCCUGUGCUUGAGAGAGAGAGAGAGGGGGCGAUUUGAGAGCAGUAAGUCGUGUAAAGUGAGGGAAGCUGCCUGGAUCCCGUGGACUGUUCUCCCUCAGAUUAUUGCUUUUGACAGAGCGGUUUAUUUACUCUUCACCACGCUGGCAGGGGAUGCACCACCCCUCCAGGAAAUAAUCUUCACUGCUCACAAAAUAAGAAUAUAAUACAAAACUGUAAGCUUGUCAAGGUAGAGGACGGGAGCCUGGUUCUUCAUGUGAGAUGACAGCAUGUUCAGGCAGUGGCAGAGCCCUCCCCCUGUAUAUGGAUGGUGGCAUUGAGCCGUCUGUAAGCGCGGGUCGAUAGUAAAGUGCUGACGUUCUGGAGAUCCUCAGCAGAGAGGAACGUGCGCCAGUGUGGGAAUACUUAAAAACAUGACGGCUGCUGACGUACCGGAGUUGUACGGUAGUUAAUAAAACUAAACUUUAAAAUUAUAAAAAGUAACCGAAAAACAUUUAGCUUUGAACCUAAAACAAAGCUUUGCGAUGCGGCGCUCCAGCACAGAUGAGUCCACUUACCGGCGCAGCCCGUCACUGGAGAGCAAGGAUUACUCUCUGCCUCAGGCUGCUUUCCGGCGCUACAGCAGCAGCUACGGGAACCACUUUGAGGGCCAGAGCUCCUUCUUUGGGUUCCACACCAACCCCGGCCCCAAGGCUACCAAGACCAAGUACACCUCCCCCAAGGGCAACAAGUAUGUGGUGUUUUACCUGGACCUCUCCUUCAUCUUCCUCCUAGAGCUGAAGCGUUGCAGCAUGGCACGGAACUGCCUUCAGUGCAUCAAGUACCUGAUGUUCGUCUUCAACCUGCUGUUCUGGCUCGGAGGCUGUGGUAUUCUGGGUGUAGGGAUCUGGUUGGCUGUCACUCAGGGGAACUUCGCCACUCUCUCCGCCUCCUUCCCCUCCCUCUCGGCCGCCAACGUGCUGAUCGCCGCGGGGACGGUCGUCAUGGUGAUCGGGUUCCUGGGCUGCAUCGGAGCCAUCAAGGAGAACAAGUGCCUGCUUCUGAGUUUCUUCAUCCUGCUCCUGAUUGUUCUCCUGCUGGAGACCAUAUCGAUGAGUCUCUUCUUCGCCUACAAGGAAGAGAUCGACCGCUAUGCGCAGGCUGACCUGAAGGAGGGGCUGUGGCUGUACGACACCGAGGGGAACAUUGGGCUGACCAACGCCUGGAGCAUCAUCCAGACCGACUUCCGGUGCUGCGGGGUCUCCAACUACACGGACUGGUUUGAGGUGUACAACACCACGCAGGUACCCGACUCCUGCUGCCUGGAGUACAGCCAGAGAUGUGGUCUGCACUCGCCUGGCACCUGGUGGAAAGCUCCCUGCUAUGAGCGAGUGAAGAUCUGGCUCCAGGAGAACCUGCUGGCAGUGUGGAUCUUCGGGCUGUGCAUUGCACUGAUACAGGUGCUGGGUCUGGCCUUUGCCAUGACGAUGUAUUGCCAGGUGCUGAAAACAGACACCUUUUACGCCUAGAGUUCCCGGGACGCAUUGCAUUCUGGGAUACAGACUGUAUUGUUAUUUUUUUUCGGUCUUGUCGUUGCUGUCUUCAUUGUUGUGUUAUUUUUUUAGUAUUAUUAAUUUUAAAUACUACUUUUUGUUUCGUUCACUUUUUCAAUUUCCGACGGACUUUAAUCAUCAUCAUCAUCACCAUCAUCAUCACCACCACCACCCGAGGACCUAUGGAGUCACAUGCUUGAGCUGGCCCUGCCCACACAGGGGGGCGGUCCUAUUGCCAAGGAUUCCAACCGCUUCAAUCGAUUGACAAUUAACCCUUUAAAUAUUUAUUAGGGUGAUCCAGACUUUUUUGUGCACCAUUAAAAUAUUAUAUAAUAUAAUCACUUUUUUGGGCGGGGGGGAGAAUAUUAUAAUUUAGUUUUUUUUAUUUUGUAUUUUUUUAUUAUUUAAAAAAAAUAAGAUAAAACAAAAAAAGAAAUCCUGUUGAUGAUGAUGAUGAGGAGGAGGAGGGAGGGAGGAGUGUUGGGUUGGCAGGGCUCUAAACGGUUCACCGAGUUUCACCUUUACCAGGGGAGACCCUCGGGGACCCUGCGCUCCGAGGGGGUAGUUGUAUAUAUAAAAAAAAGAAGACCUGUUGAUUUAUUAAUAUUACUAUUUAAAAAAAAAAGCCUCUUUUUAAUCUUACUGUCAAAAAAAAAUUAUUGGAAGAUAAAAAAAAAAUACAUAUAUAUACAUGGAAAUAUAUACACACACACACAUAAAUAUUUUUAUAUCUAUCUAUCUAUAUCUAUAUAUACACCCACACACAGAAAUAUAGAAAUAUAUACACAAAUAUAUCUAAAUAUCCAGGACUAAAUCAGAAAGGAGGGGUGAGGAGAGGAUGAGUAGGGUGGGGCAUACAUCCACAAGGACACCCAUUUAACACACAUGUAUUCAACUAAGCAAAAAUGGCCUGCCACUCCUUUACAAUGUAAAACACUUUGCUGCAAAAAAAAAAAAACAACACAUUUCUUUAAAUGAAUGGGAAGGGAAUCAGAACUAGAGUCUCCCAUAACGAUGAAACCCUCAGUAGCACUGGGGUCCCGAGUGGCUCACCCUGUAGAAGCACAGCCACGUGGUGCGCAGGGGAAGUCAUACAGCGCGGGUUCGAGUCCUGGCUGCAUGAUGUAGUCUGGUCUGCGCUGGGGACUCCAAAGGGAGGGUCGCAUUGGCUCUGGCGCUCCCGUGGGGCAGGAGCUGGUUAAUAUUUUGUUUCUUACGUGGCUGACAUCCUAGUACGUGUGUGUUCUGUACAACUGCUGUUUCAGGUCUUAACUAUUAACUACACACACACAUAAAUAUAUCUCAAUGAAAUAAAGAAACAAAGCUGUCAUUUCUACCUGU